AUGGCAGCCCCCAAAGGCGUGGCCCAGGGCACAGAUAGACGUACAACAUGGCCGCCUACAGGGAGCACACCGCACGCCCUCCCGCCCGGCCACCGGAAGUUUCCAUUUGAAAGCCAGGCGGCAGACCCGGUUGCUGGUGCGGCAGUUACUGCGGAGCAGCUUUUGAACCAGAGCGACGAGGGCUGCGAGGCCCAGCCUUGCCGCCUCGUUACGAUGACCAGCGUGGUUAAGACAGUGUACACCCUGCAGCCCCCCGCUGUGCAGAGCGGCGGCCUGCCGGCAGACACACAAACUCGAGCCCCUUCUAAGAGCCUCUUACCAGUGAAGUCCAAAGAAGUGGAUGUUUCCAGGCUUCAUUCAGGAGGUGCAGAGAACGAUGUUACAAAAAUCAUCAAACCAAGACGAGAGAACGGGCAGGUGAAAGCUGCAGACACUGCCUUUAGGAGGAACAUCAGAAAAAGCUACAAGCCACUGAGCAAGCAGAAAUCAGAGGAAGAGCUCAAGGAUAAGAACCAGCUCUUAGAGGCCGUCAACAAGCAGCUGCACCAGAAGUUGACUGAAACUCAGGGAGAACUGAAGGACCUGACCCAAAAGGUGGAGCUGCUGGAGAAGUUUCAGGAUAACUGUUUGGCAAUUUUGGAGAGCAAGGGCCUCAACCCAGUUUUAGGCAGUGAGACCCUGGCGUCACGGCAAGAAGCCACCACAGAUCACACGGACUCUAUGUUGCUACUGGAAACUUUGCAAGAUGAGCUGAAGCUUUUUAAUGAAACAGCCAAAAAACAGAUGGAGGAGUUACAGGCCUUAAAAGUAAAGUUGAAGAUGAAAGAAGAAGAGCGGGCCCGGUUCCUAGAGCAGCAGACAUUAUGUAACAGUCAAGUGCAUGAUUUUACAACAGCCCUUGAGGAAAUGGAGCAGCUAUUGGAAAUGUGACAAAAAGCAAGUGACCAGCCGGCUCCCUCUUGGGGUUAAACUCUCAGAGGAAGCCACUUAGGACAUCUGCUUCUUGGCCAUGACCUUCUAGGACUCACCAUCCCCAGAAUGAAAACUGUUUCUGCAGUAGGAUUAAGGACAGUUGAUGCCGGAAUGGCGGUUCCUCCUUAAACAAGUGUUCCCAGCCUUUCAGAUUGGUCGGCUCUCCUGAACCUCACAUGUACAUAACUGAGGCCUACGAAGAGGGGGUGCCUGGAAGCUUGGAUCAACCUUCUACGCAACAAAGCGGCAAGCCAUUAGAAUCAGACCAAAUCAGUCAUAGUCAGAGGAUCCCAAAGGUAACAUUCAGAUGUGUAGGAAGAAAGCCUUAAUUGUACAGCGGAGCACAGAUGCUCCACAGGAGACAUCACUGAGAAGCCACGCUAGACUUUCUAACUUGGAACACAUUCUGUCUCAUCCCGGUUGGGCUCUAUACCUCAUUGUAAAUCAGUGAACUUGAAGUUACUUAAGAUGGCUUAAUAAAUGGGGGUGAAGGUAUAGAUAGCAAUAACACCUACCUGAAACCGUACACCUUGGAGCUUUUAAUCUAAAUCACUUCCGUUUUUUGGGUUUGGUUUUGGUGAUUUUUACGAAGUGCUACUUUUAAAAUAAAUAAUUCUAUAACUGUCCGGACUA